AUGAAUAUGGAUAUUCCAUCAAACAAUAAGCAGCUUCUUAGGUCUGGAAGUUCUUGUAAUAAGAUCAGACAAAUAGUUAGGCUUCAGCAGCUGCUCAAAAAAUGGAAAAAGAUUGCAGCUGCAUCCCCUUCUUCUACUCACCUUCAACGCAAUACUAGUAGUGGUACUAGCAUCAAUAAGUUCCUCAAGAAAACUCUUUCAUUUUCAGACAAGGAAGACGUCAAUAAUAGUAAUAGUAAUAAUAAUAAUAAUAAUGUCCCCAAAGGAUGCCUUGCAGUACUAUGCGUUGGCAAGGAGGAGGAGAAGAGAUUUGUCAUCCCAAUGGACUACUUGGCCCAUCAAUCAUUUCAAGUCCUCUUGAGAGAAGCUGAAGAAGAGUUUGGUUUCCAACAACAGGGAAUCCUCAAGAUUCCUUGUCAAAUCUCCCUUUUUGACAAGAUUUUGAAAACCAUACAAUCUAAUAAACAACAACCAAAUGAUGAUACUACUAUUCACAAUAAUGUCGUCGGCGCCUGCUGCUGCUCUCCAGACAAUCACCAACAACAACACAAUAUCAUGCCUCCUCAAUUGUGCAGUAUAUGAAUCAUCCAUUCAGCAUACUACUGCUUUUUCUUAUUCAUUCCCCCCCCCCCCCCCUUUUUUUUUUAAUUAAUUAAUUACUACGUAUUUAGUCUUCAUGCAUGUUGUACAUUUCUUGUCGAUCAGACAUAUAACUCACUCCUCCCUCUUCUCGCUUUAUCACUUUCUCUUCUAGCAAUUUUCUAUGCAUGGCUUCUUAAGUUUGAAAA